GUUUUUUUUCUUUUGUGUCAGUGGAGAAUGGUCGACGAUGUGAUGCGGAAUCUGCCAGAUCGUAAAUCACUCCAGGGUGCAGGCAGUGGCGGAGAGUACAAGGCGACACAUGAUUUUCCUGAUCAAAUCGUUUCCCUUGCGAUUUGCCGCGGAAAGUCCGUACCGUGUUGCGGACAAAUUUGCUGGAAUACAUGCUUAAAACCAUAUUUAGCCCUAUGGUCAAACCGCCGCGCAAGUGAGACAGGGAUGGCGCUUCAUCUGUGGAGACGACAUGCUUUCUUGGAAUUCCGGAAGUUGACAUGGCUGUCAUUGUACAAAAUAGACAUGAACCCAUCCAUUGCGGACUUGAGGAAAGUGGAAAAUGUGUGCGACGCCUUUUUGCGCCGAGCGAUGCGUGAUGCUUAUAUGCAUCCAGUGCAAGCUGUUGGUGUAGAAUCCCGUCAUCAUGGAUUAAUAGCGUCUCUCGAGCUGAAAUUUCUUAUUUGUGCUGCUGAGUGGGUCGCACUGAAGGCGCGUCUAAGAACUCGUGGAGACGAUCCGACUGUUGACCAUUCAAUGCUCUCAACAGAUGAUAUCUCUUCGCAUUUUGUAUCUCUGAUUAGGCAAUUUAUGAUUGCGUCGUCCCUCAAAUUCUCCGGUUUAUCGACUGGGGAAAGAAGCUGUGUUGGUCAGCCGUUCAUGUGCGUUUGCAUUCAAGAUAUCUGGAGAGCAUUGAUCGAGCUUGCUAAAUGCGUUCCUGAUGAGUUCCCGAGUUUUGAUCUGGAUUCAAUUUUCGUCGCCGCCCUGAAGCAUUUUUUAGAGUCGCCCUCGCCAUUCUUGAAUGAUGAUGAAAACCUGACUUUUGCGUGGUGGUUUUUCGAUAGUAUAUCGGAAAUUUUGUUUCGUCCGGCAGCGAUUUAUGAACAAUUGAAUCGAAAGACAUUGAACGAGCAGAACUCGCCGCCGGAAGACGAAUUGAAAGUUCAGCUGGUGCAUUUUUUGCGGUGCACUGAUGAUUCAAUGACGAACAUUUCCGGCAGGGUAUUUUAUGCUGUGAGCAAAUCAAUCAAAUGCCAAGCUCCUCGUGGGCCACUGUUGGAUCUCGCCAAGUAUAUAUCUAAGUUACCAUCUGACGCGGAGGAUUGGAAAUCCGUUGUGAGCAGACGACUAAAUAAUCCAAGCGAUGUUUGUCGUGCUCAAGAUACAUUUGAAGUGUUCUUGCACAUCUUGGCUAAGUACAGAAAUUGGAAGGAGUUCAAGAACAGAAUGCGCGUACGAUUGAAGUUCAUUCCAAUGGAACAGCUGAAUGAGCUGGGAUGGUUCCGUUUAUUUGAUCUUCUUUUGACAUUGUUGAUUCGAUCCCCGGAUCAGGUGGAUGUGCUGAAAGAAUUUUUUUCGUGCGUCAAGAAGCUGGAAAUUUUGCGUCCGACGAGACCAGAAGUGAAAUCUGGGGCGUGGAAAAUAGUCAUUCGAGGCCUGUGGUCAGCCAUGAUAAUUGUGAAAAGCUGUGAUAAUGCUGUCCAAAUUCUUGCUGAAAUCCUGGUGGAAUUGUGCUCCAGUUUUGUAGCUGUGAUGGAGAAGAAGGAAGCGUUUCUAAUGCGCUCUGCAUGUGAAGCUUUGGUGGAAUAUUAUUCUGGACUUUCUCUGUUUUUGAAAAGCUGCGAAAUGGAACCUCCGUUAACGUCAAGUUCUUUGCUUCCGAAAUGCCCUGCGAAGCUGUUUUCAAAGUUGGCGCGGUUGACUGACUUUUUGCCUGCCGUUUUGUCCAUUCUCCGCUCUAUUCGUUCGUCGUCUGAAAUUCAUCUUCAGAAAACUCCAUAUUCGGUAGAAGAGCAGCUUUUAAACAAAUCGUUAAUGGCUUGGAUUUCGUCCAUUUUUCAACAUGUGUGGGAACACACGAAAUCUCUUGCAUUCGUGGAUGAAGAAAAUAUGAAAAUAACUGCAUUGCCCAAUCGAAAUAUUAGUGAUAUACUGGUUGAAACCACUUUGCUAGAGAAGCAUUUAGAGAAUCCACGUUCUGCGUUUGUGCAAAUUGUGGAACAAGAUGGCUUGACUGCGCGGCAGGUGCACCCUGUAGUUUUAUGCUGUUACAUCGUCAAGUUGAUGGAGGAAGACGCUCUGAGAAAUGUGCGAGAAACUCUUCUUUAUGCGGCUUGGGCAAGAUGUCAUUUACUCAUGCCGAAAGGUCAUUGGGGAUAUGAUGUGGACGUUGCAAUGAAAACCAUGGAUCAGCUCAUCAGUGGCUAUCCUAUGGCAAUGAAAGUACUUCGUUACGUCGAUCAAAAUUUAAUGCAAAUUGACGACGAUGAGUCUCAGUUAUUUUCCUGUGAGGUGUCAUCUACGGUUGUCCAGGAAUUCCCAUUCUGGAAGUUGCUCAUCCUCGGAUGUGUCAAAGCCUUCAAAGAUGGAGAAGAUGCCGAACUUGCAUCUCUUCCGGAAGCGUUUGCUGGAAUUCAGAAAUGCUUCGGCCUUUUUUGCGAUGGUUUGGAUAAGUACUUUGCGGAUGGACACAAGAAAGACGCAUUUGUCAAUCAGGCUGUGGAGUUCUGUGCUUUCCUCGUCUCUGAAGCCGUUAAUCUCUUCACGCGUGGGAAUGAAAAAUAUCUUAACGUUGUGACUGGAAUUAUCAACUUCAUAUUCCUCACUCGGAGUGCGCGGUCAGUUGGAACGCUAUUGAACAGGGAUUUGUUGGAUAUUGCUCGUCAGCAUCUCCCCACUGUCAUUAUGUCAAUAUGCAAUGAAAUCAUGAGCUCACGGUGUCAAAGCAGCCUCGUCCGAGAAUCGCUGCGAGGUAUUGUUCAGCAGAUGUUCGACUUGUACCUGGUUCGGUUUUCGCCUGAUUCGGAUCAUCCUUUGUACAAAGUUUUGGUUGAUUUUGUUGGGAGCCUACCGUUGAGGAUCCUGUAUCAAUCAGUGGAGAAGUUUUACCUGAGCCCCAUGAGAAACCAGCGGGAAACUGAGAUGUGUAUGAGGUUUGUGCUUAUGUUCGCCCGACAAGAGCAAUGCAAUUUCUUCAGCCAAGAAAGUAUUCAACCAGUGAUGCUGCGUUUGAUGGAAACCGACUGGCCGAAUCUCACGUUGCACCAAGAAAUACUCCGACUUUUUUUAAGAAAAGGCGACCGGAGUGUCAUCGUUGCUAUUCUCCGACGGUAUGUUGAGCUGAACUUGGCGCUGAACUCCGUCAAAACGAAAAAGCUGAUCGAAUUGACGCUUAAGGAAUGUCCGCAGCUGAUGAGCGAAAUCCAGGAUUUGACGUUUCCUAUGAUUGAGAAGGCCUUUGCUCAACGAGGGAAUUUCAACGAUCCUAUUCUUUUGUGA